CACGCACUGAUCGAGCGCGCUCCGUGUCUGCGCGCAACUGCAAAACUUGAAACGUGUUUUUCUUUCUCGUUACAAGAGGCGUGUCACCGUUCGUUUUUCUUCUGCAAUGUGUGAACAGAAAUGAGGAUUAAAGUCACUGUUGCGGAGAUUAAAUCGCGGUACCUAAUUCGUUUCUGGUGGGGUUUGUGGUUUCGCUUUGGAAAAUCAGUGGACUUUUUGCACUAUCAUUCAAAGUUACCAGAAAAGAUAAUUCGUAAACUAGCUUGGGUGUACUUUUUCAGUGCACUUUAGAAAAGUUGAGAAAGAGUACUGAAUUUUCCAGCUAACCCAUUAUUUUGGGAGCGCUCUAAAGCUAACGCAUAACAUGACCAGUCUCAAUCGAUGUUCCAUACACGAAGCGUGGCGCGGUUCGAUUUUUAACCAGACACGCGGACAGCGUUUCACCUCCAUUCCCAAUGCCUGAUGUGAGAUCCCCCUGUGGUUUUGAGGAGCUCCAGCAAGGGCAUGAGAAUGAGUACGGAUCUGGAGCGCGUUUCUCUCAAGUCGGGGGCGAACUCGCUGGGGUCCGGUCGUGCCUUAUCCGUUAACGUGAAGAAGUUACACAACGCGCUCAAUGUGCUGCUGAACGACUUCGAAAGAGAGCAGUUUAUCCACUGUCUCAACGUUUACCACGCUAAGCGUAAUGUCUUCGAUCUCGUGCAGACUCUCAAAGUCAUUCUCAACAACCCCAGCAAGCGUCAGCUGUUACCCAUGUUGCGACUGGUCAUACCCCGCUCGGACCAGCUUCUUUUCGAUCAGUACACGUCGGAAGGUCUAUAUUUGAAAACGGAUGGUCUAGCAAGCCCACUUAAACAUGAGUACUCGGAAGAAAUAAGCAACACGAACGAUCACGCAGGAGCGUCGUCCGUACACUUUCUAUCUGAGUCCGAGCAAGUCGGUCCCAUUCAGGGAUCUGUGCGCGCAGCCCCCGUUUUCAGCACCACGCAUGAGGGGACAGCUCCGGCGGCUGGCCCGUGUUUAAGCGUCGCGCUGAUGCAGGACGCGUCUGAUGAAAUUCGGCAAGUUACGUUGAAACGGAGCAAGAGCCACGAAGGCCUAGGGUUCAGCAUACGAGGCGGGUCGGAACAUGGAGUUGGGAUCUAUGUGUCUUUGGUGGAGCCUGGAUCAUCCGCUGAAAGAGAGGGACUGAGAGUUGGAGAUCAGAUCAUUAAAGUCAAUAACAUUGUGUUUGAUCGAGUCACUCAUGGAGAGGCGGUCAAGGUUUUGAAAGGUUCAAAGAAGCUCUCCAUGUCAGUCUGCUCGAUGGGGCGGAUCCCAGGCGGUUAUGUGACCAAUCACGUAUACACAUGGGUGGACCCUCAGGGCCGUAGUGUGUCCCCGCCCCCAGACUUGCAGGACCAGCCUGGCUCCGGAGGCAGACACCCGGACAUUCAACAACAUGGACACCUACAGCACGGGGAUGCUGAGAAGAGGGUAAACAUCUCACUGGAUGACGGGCGAUCACUGGGUCUGAUGAUCCGUGGGGGUGCUGAGUAUUCUCUAGGCAUCUACAUCACUGGAGUGGAUCGUGGUUCGGCUGCAGAAUACAGCGGGCUCAAGGUCGGGGAUCAGAUUCUGGAUGUCAAUGGCCGGAGCUUCCGGACCAUUCCUCACGACGAGGCCGUUCAGAUCUUGAAGAAUUCCAGGCACAUGCUGAUGAACAUAAAGGACGUGGGCCGGCUGCCUCAUGCACGUACAGUGGUGGAUGAGACCAAGUGGAUCCCCAGUGUGCAGAUUGCAGAGAGCUCAGCCAAUAGCAACACUCUGAGCUGUCUGUCUGUUGAUGUUCGAGCAGGAGGUUCAGGAAAGUCAGUCUGUCGGAAAGGCGUUGUGCCAAUGGUUGGGCCUGUUAGAGUCGGAGCGUGGAGCUCGCUGGAGGAACAGGCGUACAUGCUUCUGACAGAGAAAGAGAGGCAAACCAUGAGCUAUUACAUUCAAGAGUACCAGCGUGGACAUAUCGGAGUAGAGCCUCUGGCGAUGGCCCUGUUUGAACUCUUCAACACUCAUGCCAAGCUGUCAUUACUGGCUGAGGUGCGGACUCUCAUCGCGCCAAAGGAUCUGGAGCGCUUUGACGGGCAGGUGUUAAAUCGUGAGUUGGAGGCGUGGAGAUCUCGGCACGCAGGCUCAGGACUGCUGCAUCCUGACUCGCUCUGCAUCUCCCAUCCCGAGGGCCACGUUCCUGCAUGCCAGAUGACCCCUUCAGUCCCAGGACACAACAAGACUGGGUGUAGAUUAGAUGAAACUUUGAUGCCUGUUGAGAGUCUGAAAUCUCUUCCUGACAUUGCUUUGGACCAAGUGCAGUCCUCAACCGAGUCGCCCACCUCCUUCAAGCCUCAAGGCCACGUUCGUCAUGCCAGCCCUAAAAGUCAGAGCAAUCGGCCUUCGUCUAAGCUGUCCCAGACCAACCUGUUCUUUACCGCACCAUGCAGGCGGCACCAAGAUAACCACCCGCACUCGCCCUGCUCGGGCCACAACUCUCCAUGUACCAUCCACCACACAACAUCCACCUGCUCCGUUCAAUACACCCCGCCCUGUUCUGUCCGUCACAACUCUCCACGAUCCUCCUAUCAUGCCAGCUCUUCCUCUGGAGCGCCGCCCCGAGAUCUGGUUCAGUUUCUGAUGAGCAGGCAGGCAGCGCUCUCGCCACACCAAGAGUCUCCGAACCGUUCUCGAGAAGGCACCCCCAUGAUCUCUCCACGGUCCUCUCCUUCAAUUUCGCCUUCACUGCUAAUGCCCGCACCACCUCCGUGUAGCCCUGAGAAGCCGAAGAGCUCCCCUUCGACACUCAGCCCACAUCGCCUGGAGCCCGAGGCGACGGAGGAGAGACCGCAGCUACGAGGAGCCACGCUGUCCCAGCUGUCAGACAGCGGGCAGACUUUGAGCGAGGACAGCGGAGUGGACAUAGCAGAGGCUGGAGGGUUGAGCAAGGACAGCAGCCCGCGGCCAGGUAAAGCUCCCUUCCUUCAGCUCACAGGAGACCCCCGCAGAGCAGACGGCCUCCGCAAAACAGGUGAGAAGAUGGGAAUAAUGGAGCCUACUCUUGUACGGGUGCCUAAGUGUGCCAGUACUCUGGGUAUUGCUGUUGAAGGGGGUGCCAACACCAGACAGCCUAUGCCACGCAUUGUGACCAUACAGAAGGGGGGCUCCGCUCACAUCUCCGGCCUGUUACGGGUAGGUCAGGUGAUUUUGGAGGUGAACGGCGUGUCGCUCAGGGGCAUGGAGCACUGGGACGCAACUCGGGUCAUCGCAGAGGCCUUCAAGACCAAAGACAAAGACCACGUGGACUUCUUGAUCGUGGAGUUCAACUCCGCUCUGUAGGAGUCCUCCAAGACUUUGCAUUCCAGACGAUGCUGCGGAUACACGCGGAGGGGACGAAUGAGUCAUGCUUGUCAUAUCUGAGUCACAAAUAGCUUAGAGUUCAAGAGCCGCCACACACCCACCUUAUGUCUGCGUUCUCGCUACAACAGCAUCCAGUCAGACUUUCUUGACUAGUGAAAGACUUCCACCCUACGCAUUUAUCGCAACGUCCUGAAUGAUGUGAAUGACCGUGAUUUUGGCCCUUUAAUACAUCUCUUCGCGUCAAGGACGAUGAGCUAAGAGAAAUAGACAGCAUUUGAAAUACAGUUUGAGAGAGUCGUGUGCUUCACGGUAGAUGAAAGAUUGCUUGUAAAAACAAAGAACAGAUGCUUCAAACAGAUGCGGACUGUUUAUAUACAGUAAUAUAAAAUAAAAUCAUUUUAAGCUACAUAGGGUCGAAUGCUACUAAUUUAUAUUCAUUUAUCCCAGAAGAGCAUCUGCAUUCAGUUGACAAAAUACCUUAUUUUACAAAACAACUAAUAAUGAUGAUUUUACAAUGAUAACUAAAGUUUUCUUAACAUUACUGUUAAGGGUUAACGUUGUUGACAUGCGGUGUAAUGAUAUUUGCCUGGUAAUGAGAGAUAUUAAUGCGAGAUUAUUUGUCGCGGUUUUGUUAUGAAAUGGCACUGUUUUACAUAAUGUUUCUUUAUACUUAAAGUCUCUAUUAUAGAUUUGGUGGUGAUAUGAACUGUUUAGAGAAAGUGGAGAGCCAAAGGGAUUUUUCUGCUUUAAUAUUUUACUAGAGGAUCAGUUUGAUUCAGGACAGAUAGAGAUAGAGGAGCUGGAUGCCUCUCAAAGUUCUUCUGUCAUAACCCCCCCCAAAAAAACAUCAGCUGUAAAUGUUAGUGCGCACACUUCACAGAGCUGUUAUGGAUAGAUGUAUUUUUUGUUAUAGAGCACAUGUGCAAUAUAGAAUAUAGGAUCAAAAUACAAUGUAGAUGUAUGUAGAAAAUACUUUUUAUGCAAAUGCACGGCUCCUAAAUAUGCAACCUACAGAGAGAGUUAUUGUAUAUAGGUAAAAUAAUCUAAAACUGUAUAUAUUUUAUUUAUGUAAUAUAUUUUGCACAUACUGUUGAUAAAAUCUUUUCAAUGACAUCAAAAACACACAUACCCCAUCAUGAUGAAACCAAAACAUCACUUGAAGCAUAGAAGCGUAUGUGCUUUACCAACCAUAAAAUUGAGGUUAUCUUGCCUUCGGAUGUUUUAUUCUUACACUAUCAUGUUAAUAGUUUCUUUCAGGGUUUCCACAUGUUUGUUGCUUGUCAUUUGUAGAUUGUCAUUGCACUUUGCAACAUGUUACACAUAGUACUGUAAUUUUACAGGAUCUGUAAUAUCGUAGGCUAUUUACAAAGAAACACCGUAUAAACACAGGGUGCAGUACAAGGAUAUCAGUAUUUUGCCCUAACUAUUUAUCAAUCCUGCUACAAAAUGA